CCAGAGGGAAAGGCAUUGAAGCGAGAGGAGAUUCACACAACUUAACUUAAACUGAACAGGAAAACAGAUCCUAACACGACGUAGAUAGAGAGAAGACUAAAGAGACGUCUUCUAGAGAAGCAUAGACAGCAUGAAGACCCUUCAUUAGAACAAGCUACGAUUCUAGGUUGUUAGAACAAGUAGAUAGACACAAAAGCAAGGACGGACGAGAGAGAGAGAGAGAGAGUUUGGAUUGCAGUGUUGUCCAACACCAAGCAGCAAAGGACACUUUAAAAAAAAGUUUUCUACCUAUAUUUUUUUUUACCUUUGUCAGUCUGCAUCAGUCUCAUUUGGAUACGAUAAGUCAUGGACCCUCCUCUCCUGCCGGUGGCCAGGAUGGAGGUGGACGUGGACCUGGGCUUUGCCCUCUUCUUUGUCUUCCUACUCUGUUCCUUCCUGCUGUUCACCAUAGUGCGCUGUGCCCAGAUGGUCCUGAACCCCUACAGCGCCAUCUCUGUCGCCGCAUACCAGAAUACGGAGGAACAAACUGAGGAGUGACCUCACUCCAUACUGGGCAGGAAAUAAUGUGAGCAUUGUGGAAGAACCCUAGCCCGACUGUGGCUAGUGUGCUGAAGGUGGGAAGUUUGGUUUCGUAGUUAAACUUGUGGGAAUCAAGAGGAGCAGAAAGCACAUGAAGGGAGUGGGACUUAAACGUUUGGAGAAUUCAUCAGUCCACAGAUCUGGAGAUGAACAUCACACACCAUGAUAACCUGGAAAACAGGAGCAAAUGGGACCAUGAGGAUUUCAAAUUGUUACAGUACAGUUUGUUUAGGCAAUGUGCUUUUGGGAAAGUCUACAGUUGUCAGCAUGUCAUGGACCAGAGUCAGAUAAACGUAGGAAUGACCACCAUUUUAGUUUUUGUAUUCCUAAUCAGCCACUGUCAUAUUCACAUCUGCUUUCCAUUAAAACAAACAGGCUAUGCCAUGAGAGAAAAUGACAUGACAAUAAAAAGCAUAGUUAAA